AUGGAUCCCGCCCAGUUCAAGUUGUUGCUCUCCCUGCUACCCAAGGUGCCCUUGAUAAGUCGAGUGGCCUUGCUCCAUGUUCUACACAUGUCCAAACCCGCCAAGUAUCUCGACCUGCGGAGUGAGCUUAUCGUUGCUGUGCUGCGCUCAUACAUCUCAACCACCAAGCCGCGGUCCAUCACCUCGACUCAGAAGCUUGCCAACCGAGACGGCGGCGUCAAGGGCAGAAUAUGGGUUUCCACCUACGCCAGCCCUGCUUCCUCGGAAAAGGACGUCCUUGACGCGAUUUUGGGUGCCAUUCAGUCCCUCAGAGCACCAGGAACCCCCGAGAUAGACGUGAGACUACCGGACCUCCUGCCGGUCGAAGCUGAGUGGACGGGCUACCGCGCGGGUGCCACGCCUGAGUCGAAGCCGCCAGCGAUCGGAGAGAAGGAAAAGUACGACGAGCUUAUGAAAGAGGUCACCAGCCCCUUGACGGUCUUGUAUUUCCACGGAGGAGCCUACUACCUCUGUGAUCCGUCGACACACCGACCGGCGACGAAGAAGAUCUCCAAGUUGACGGGCGGGCGGGUUUACUCUGUUCGCUAUCGGCUGGCCCCCCAAAACCCGUUUCCGGCAGCCCUGUUGGAUGCGUUAAUAUCCUACUUGACGCUCCUCUAUCCGCCACUUGAUGCCUAUCAUCAGGCAGUAGAGCCCGAGAAUAUUGUCGUUGCCGGUGACAGUGCGGGCGGGAACCUAAGUCUCGCAUUGUUGCAACUUCUCCUGGAACUCCGCAGACAGAACCGAAAGAUCCGAUGGCUCGGCGAGGAGCGUGAGAUCCCCCUACCCGCCGGUUUCGCGCUGAACUCGCCAUGGCUGGACAUCACCCAGAGCUCGCCGAGCUGGGAAUCGAACUGGGAAUUCGACUACCUCCCGAAAGCCUCUGUAUACGCCGAGUACAACCCGCCGCCCUGCGAGGCCUGGCCCGCGAAACCGCCACGCACCAGCAUCUACGCCGACGACGACCUCAUCGCGCACCCGCUGGUGACCCUCGUCAUGAACCGCAGCUGGGCCGGGGCGCCGCCCGUCUACAUCUGCACGGGGUGGGAGCUGCUGGCGGACGAGGACAGGUACAUGGCGCGCAAGCUGCACGAGGACGGCGUUCCGGUGGUCUUUGAAGAGUACGAGGGCAUGCCGCACUGUUUUGCACUGAUUCUGUCCAAGAUUCCCAACGCCCAGCGCUGCUUUGACGGAUGGACUGGCUUCAUGAAGACGGCCAUAGGCAAACCGGAGAGCAUCACGUCCAAGGCCGUCACGGUCAAGGCCAAGACUCGCGAGGACGUUCCCCGUGAGUUCGCGUCUUUGAGUGAGCUGCGUGACGACGACAUCCAGAAGCGGGUCUAUCAGAAGAAGGAGGAGAGUCUGAACUCGGCUCCAGAGGCGGUUCCCAAGCUGUAG